AUGGUGGACUUGUCGUCUAAAAAGGUUCUCGCGCCACAAUCUUAUACCGGAGGCGAACAUGAAUUCGAGGAGUUCUAUUUCGAUUUUCCGACAGUUUUCUCGGACGCCGAGUUACUUGACAUCUGGCCCACGCCUAUGAACAGAUAUCCAGUGCCUAUUUCGUUGCCGCUCGCCAUGAUGGCAUGUCUGCGGGGACACUUGAGGAUGGCUAUAUGGGACAUGAAACUGUCUUGCUCGCCAUUGGCCAAUGUUUAUCAAGCGCUGCGCAGUGGUGUCGUGCAUUUUGCGCCCCAGGAAAUACUACCACCAGGUUCUUUUUCAAUGCAAAUGCCGGAAUCCUUUCCUCCUCCUCCUCCUCCUCCUCCUCCUCCUCCUCCAGAACCUGCUGUCGGUGUUGUCCAUUACGAAAGAGGCUCUUCCUACGAUUCAUGGGACUCCCGAUACGAUUCAUGGGACUCCCGAUCCAGCAGCCCUGACGAUGAGCCGCGUCAGCGCGUCGUGGAUAGAGGGAGAACGUAUAUCCAAAGAGCAUAUUCCAUGUCUGUUGACUCCGCCGAAACACAUCCCCCCAUUACAACAUCAUCCGUCGCCCUGGAUGGUCACGCCGAAGAUGGCUACGUGACCGCUCCAGAAGAAGACACAGACGAUGUAACUGUUGUCAUAAGGGCCAAAUCACCGACGCCACCAUCACCAGAAAAUUCUGCAUUUUCUUCUUCUGCCUCAUCGCAACGUUCUGAUCAAGCUCACCUCUCGCAUGAUGAAGAGGCAGCAUGCAUAGUUCGGCUUUCUGUCCUGAGAAACAUGUUGACUAGCGAUGAGUCGGUCAGAGUAAGAGCUCUCGAAAACAUCGAGAGAUCUAUAGGCAGACAAAGAGGAGAGAUGGAGACGCAGACGGGAAUAAUACUAUCCAGGGACCAAGAAGACAGGGAGAGAACCUUAGAGGAUGCUCUAGGUCAAGAGUACACUACUACGAGAUCUGGGGAGCGACGUCGUCACAGAAAGUUCGUUUCUGAUGGACCUAAGCGCAGGUCAGGGUCGCGUCGUGAUGGAAAACAAAAGGAUGCAGCUGGAAGGAGUAAAUGGCCCCCCGGAAAUGGAGAAGUCUGGGUAGAAGAAGUCACGUAUGGUAUUGGGACAAGUCGUCGUCGGAAAGAGGAUAAAAGCGUCCAGUUCGAUGAUAUUCUGAUUAGCAGUCAGCGGUAG